ACAGGCUGCGAUACAGGUUUCGGCCAUGCACUGGCCAAGGAGCUCAGCGACAGGGGGGUCCAGGUGUUUGCUGGUGUGCUGGAUGAGCACGGUUCUGGGGCCCAGGAGCUGAAGAAGCAUGGGUCCCACCGUCUGGAGGUGCUACAGCUGGAUGUGACGGACCACUCUCAGGUGGACCGGGCGCUCCGGCACAUAACGGCAGCUCAGCUGGGGGAGGGAGGUCUCUGGGGUCUGGUAAAUAACGCAGGCGUCCUUUGCUGUUUGGCCGAUGCCGAGAUUCUGCCCUUCACAACCUUCAGAAGAUGCAUGGAGGUCAACUACCUGUCUGCAGUCUACCUGUGUCAGGUGUUCCUUCCUUUGCUUCGGAGAUCGAAGGGCAGGAUAGUCAAUGUCACCAGCAUGGGAGGUGAGGUGCCCUUCUGCUUCUUCUCUGCCUAUGGAGCCUCAAAGGCAGCUCUUGGUUGCUUUUCCAGAGUGCUGAGAAUGGAGCUGGCUGCUUGGGGUGUGAAAGUGGUUGUCAUUCAACCUGCAGGCUUCAGAACGAACAUCUUCAAAGGCUGUGAAGAAAGUAAAAAGAAAAUUCUCCAAAAUCUACCGUCAGUUAUCUGCAGAGACUAUGGGGAGACGUACGUUUGUUCCAUGCAAGACUGCCUCUCCAAAGUGGGCCAACAGUCGCCAGAGGACCUGCGACCCGUGCUGAACGACAUGUGCCACGCACUCAUGGCUCCAUCCCCCAAGGCCCGCUACACCCCGGGACAGAUGGCCUGGCUGCUCCCCCUCCUCUACCACCUCUGUCCCACGGUCAUCUCCGACAAGCUCCUUAAAGGCCACAAGUUUGUUGACUGUGAGCCAGCAGGUUUAAGUCCAAAAGCUGGUUCCGAGUUGACUCGGACUUAGUAGUGGGAUUUGUGGGAGCAAGUUGGGUACAGGCACGAUCGAAGCCUGUGUAGGACCCUUCUUUAAACCAUAAGCAUUGUUGUCAUUACGUUCAUUAACUCCUUCCACUAUGCGGUCAUUGAUGGAGUCUUUGUCACAAAUGCUUAUCUAUGACCAUCAAGUUGUUUGUAGUACCAGAAUAACUAAAACCUCAUUGUAAAACAAGAAUCAGAACUAAAACUGUAUUGGAUAUUUCCCCUCCAUCAGUACAUGUUUACAUUACCAUAAUCUUUCCAUCCAGGUAAUAUUCUAUGCAGUAAACUACUCUUGAGUAGUUUUUAUUUUUUUUUAUCUUUAAAGACAAGGACAAGAGUGAUUGAACAUUAAGUCAAUAGUUUAAUGGACUCGUUUCCAAAUGUAAUGCGAUUGUAAAAAAUCUAUUACAGAAGAAUCACAUUGCAUAUCCAUUAAACUCAAAAUAUAUACAUUUAGAAAAAAGGAUGUAUAACAUCCAAACAUCUUAAAAUAAUGUUAUAUCCGAGGAUAUUCCUUAUAAAAAGUACUGACUAAAGUACUGACUAGGAAAAGAGAACACAUUAAUAUAGUAAUACACAGUUGUUUAGUCCAGAGUGAUAAUGGGCUAAUCUUGAGGUUUUAAAAAUAUCUUCUUGGUAGGUUCUGUAACAGUUUGGACGACGUCCUUUUCGAUAGCAGAUCUGUCCCUCUUCUUGGCAAACUUUUUCUUCAUACUGUCUACGAGACUCUCGUACCUUGAAAAUGUGUAAACAUUGAAGAGAUAACGUAAGAGUACGGUCACGUUGAAACAAAAGUAAAAUAUGGAAUCCUUAGUAUUUAUUUUAAAUGUAAUUCAUCAACGACCAACACAAGGAAAAUCGAAAUUGUUGCUGCAGCAGCAAAGUUAAGUUUUUGUUUUGAAAAAUCAAAAUCAACCAAUUUAUAUUUAAAGACAAUAAAUGCAUUAACUUUAAUGCUAUAAUUAUUAAUUGGAGGGGACCUAACCUUAUGGCCAUUUCUUCAUCAGUGACAUCCGUUAUCAUUCUGCUUAAGUCCUCCACAUCCUCCUCUUCGGUUUCCUCCUGGACAUUCAUCAGCAGCAUGAGCUUCUGUAGUAGACGCAACCGAAGAAAUGUUUGACAGAUCACAAUUAAAUUAGCCAUGAAUUCUGCACCUUUUUCCAAAUAACUAGCAAUAUAUGUGUAUAUAUCCUUAUGAAAACAUGUUUCUAUGGAGACACUCUCGCCAAUGCAAAGGUUGGGGACCAAACUACACUGUCCAUUUUAACCACUCUCAAUGUCUAGUCCAUUCAUUGAGAGUUCUGCUAAUGCAUGUUCCCUUAUGGAAAGUAUCAGUGCUUUCUUCCUGAUGACACAUACGGGAGACCAGUGUGUACUUUCAAAUAACGGACUAUUCAUUGGAAAGUCGUUAUAAAGACUUGUGUAGUUUUGUCUUCAGCCAUCUGCGUUGUUCAUACAUAGCACAUCCUGUACUGGGACAUAUAAGUACACCAUUCUAUUUAUCAUUACACAAAAGUGAGUUACACACAAGGUGAGGUGAUGCAUAGCUGAUAAGUAUAUAGAAGAGAAAGUAUUCACAAAGGUAGCUCUUGUAAAACCAUGAGAAUUUAAGACCAACCUCCACUUCAGGAUUAAAACCUUUGAAUGAUAUACGGCCAUACUUGAGGUCCUCACACGGCACAAAACUCCUUUCUUCGAUGAUUUGGUUCCUGAGAUGUCAAAGCAAAAGAAUUACAAAAAACGCACAUCACACAACGACGCUGAAGUUGGCAUCCGAUUCGCAGCAUCCGAUUCAGCAGCUGGUCCACUUUAAAUCGGUCCUGAUUGAAAACCACUACACCUAGACUCUUCAAAUCUGGACUAGAUUAUCACAGUGAGGCUAUACAUUAUAAUAAACAUAGUUACAGAUUUGUGAAACCUUUUUUCUAUUUGUGAAAAUGCAAUACAGGCUCAUUUUAAUGCUUUUUAGGGGUCCAGACUGCAUUAGAACGGGUCCUGAUUGAAAACCACUACACCUAGACUCUUCAAAUCUGGACUACAUUAUCACAGUGAGGCUAUACAUUAUGUAAAACAUAGUUUCAGAUUUGUGAAACCUUUACCCUAUU